AUGGAAAAAGCAAAAUAUAAUGAAAUAGAAAGAGUGAAAGAGGAAGCAAACAACUCAUUGGUGUCAUUUUCUGUUCUUCGCAAGGACGUUGUUAAUGUUUUGGAUUUCAUGGAGAGGUUAAAGAAUGAAAAAGAUCAAAUAGCUGCUGAUGUGGCCGAUCAAAUUGAAAAUCUGAAAUUUGUGCUUGCAUUUAUUUGUACGUACAUCCAGCUUUCUUAUUUCAAUUUGGAGAAGUUUGAAGAUACAAUGAAUGCUGCAAAAAUAGAGGUUAAAGAUCUGCUUCGAUCAAUUUUGGAUGACGUUCACAACAACAUCGGGUGUAAAUACAACUACAUGAAUCAUACCCUUCCUAGCCUCGCCAAUAAUAUGGAUGAUUGUAUCGGCUCAUGUCAGCGUUCUAAAUCAAGUGCCAUCAUUACUGAGGAGCAGUUGAACUUCCUCCUUCUGAAUCUCCAUCAUCUAUCCAAGUUUCUUGCUGAAAAGAUUUAUCCAUAUGAGAUUCUUCAGAAUGUGUGUGGCAACAUGAGAGAUUUCCAUGGGUUGAUAGUGAAUGGUUACGUUGAGCAAGAAAUUGUUGAAUAUGUCUUACCUCAGUUUCAACCUAUGGCUGAGAGAGUUGGACUCUUCCUUUGGGAUGAAACAAUUAGUGAAGAGUCUCAAGUCUUCAAGCUAGCUCAUCUAUUCUUGAAGAUUUUUCCAAUCGAACUGGAGGUGAUGCACAUAUGUUUUACAAAUUUGGAAACAUCAACUUCAGCAGAAGUUGAACGCUUCAUUAAGAAGCUCCUGGAAACCUCUCCGGACAUGCUUAGGGAAUAUCUGAUUCAUCUACAAGAGCACUUGGUAAAUGUUACUACCACCAGUAUUUCAGGGGCUCGAAACAUUCAUAUCAUGAUAGAGUUCCUAUUAAUUAUUCUAUCUGAUAUGCCCAAGGACUUGAUUCAUCAUGACAAAUUAUUUGAUCUGUUGGCUCGUGUUGGAGCACUUACCAGGGAGGUAUCAACUCUUGUUUGGGACUUAAAAGAGAAAUCAAGGAAUGAAGAGAGUGUCAAUGAAACAAAUCGUGCAACUCUAGACUUGUUGGAAAAUAUUGAACCCGUCAAGGAAGAACUCAAACAUGUUUAUCUAAAAGCCCUGGACUCAUUUCAACGUUGCUUCCCCAUGAGUGAUGGACCGCUCUUCAUGCAUCUGCUACAUAGACACUUAAAUGAUUUGCUAAAUUCCAAUGCUCAUUCAAUUGCUUUGAUAAAGGAAGAAAUAGGGCUGGUGAAACAAGACCUAGAAUUCAUAAGAUCAUUUUUCGUGAAUGAUGAGCAAGAAUUGUAUAACGAUCUAUGGGCACGUGUUUUAGAUGUGGCAUAUGAGGCAAAAGAUGUCAUUGAUUCAAUUAUUGUUCGAGACAAUGGUCUCUUACAUCUUAUUUUCUCACUUCCCAUUACAAUAAAAAAGAUCAAGCUUAUCAAAGAAGACAUCUCCAAUUUACUUGAGAAGAUUCCCAAGAAUAGGAGCCUCAUUGUUGUAAACUCUCCCAAGAAGUCAGUUGAAAGCAAGUCAUGGACAACUGGUAAAAUAAUUGUAGGUUUUGAGGAGGAGACAAACUGGAUAAUUAGGAAGCUCACCAGUGGACUGGCAGAUCUAGAUGUCAUUUCGAUCACUGGAAUGCCGGGUUCGGGUAAAACUACUUUAGCAUACAAAGUAUACAAUGCUAAAUCAGUUUCUAGUCAUUUCAACCUUCGUGCAUGGUGCACAGUCGGCCAAGAAUAUGACGAGAAGAAGUUGUUGCAUAAAAUUUUUAAUCAAGUUAGUGACUUGGAUUCAAAAUUGAGUGAGAAUAUUGAUGUUGCUGAUAUGCUACGGAAACAACUAUUUGGAAAGAGGUACCUAAUUGUGAUAGAUGACGUGUGGGAUACUACUACAUGGGAUGAUUUAACAAGACCUUUUCCUACAGUUGAGAAAGGAAGUAGAAUCAUUUUAACAACUCGAGACCUGGAAGUGGCUUUGCAUGGGAAGCGCACCACUGAUCCUCUUAACCUUCGAUUGCUAAGACCAGAGGAAAGUUGGGAAUUAUUUGAGAAAAGAGCAUUUGGAAAGGAGAGUUGCCCUGAUGAACUAUUGAAUGUUGGAAAAGAAUUAGCCCAAAAUUGUAAAGGGCUUCCGUUGGUGGCUGAUAUGAUUGCUGGAGUUGUAGCAAGGAAGGAAAAGAAAAAAACUGUGUGGCUUGAAGUUCGAAAUAAUUUGAGUUCCUUUAUUUUGAACAGUGAAGUGGAAGUGAUGAAGGUUAUAGAAUUAAGUUAUGACCAUUUACCAAAUCACCUGAAGCCAUGCUUUCUUUACCUUGCAAGGUUUCCAAAGGACAGUCCAAUGCUAAUCCUUGCGUUGAAAGAUUUUUGGCGUGCUGAAGGACUUGUGGAACAGACAGAGAUGAAGAGUGUGGAAGAAGUGAUGGAUGUUUAUUUGAACAACUUAAUUUCCAGUAGCUUGGUAUUUCUUUUCAAUGAGAUAGGUGAUCACCCGACUUGCCGACUUCAUGAUCUUGUGCAUGACUUUUGUUUGAUGAAAGCAAAAAAGGAAAAGUUGUUUGAUCGGAUAAGUUCAAGUGCUCCACCUUCUUCUUCAGAUUUAAUGCUGCGUAUAGUGACCAUUGAUUGUAACAGCGAGUUCUUUCUUCUUAACAAUUUUGUCCUGUUCGGUUCAAAUAAGAUAAGGCAUUCUAGUAAACACCUGUAUUCUUUGAGGAUAGUUGGAGACAAGCUGGACGACCGUCUUUCUGAUAUUUGUCACCUGAGACACUUGAGGCUUCUUAGAGUGUUGUACCUGGAUCCCUCUUUUAUCAAGGUGAAAGAUUCUUUGCUGAAUGAAAUAUGCAUGUUGAAUCAUUUGAGGUUCUUAUGCAUUGGGAUAGAAGUUAAAUCUCUGCCUACGUCUUUAUCAAACCUCUGGAAUCUAGAAACGCUCUUGGUGUCUAACAUAGGAUCAACCUUGGUACUAUUACCGAGAAUUUGGGAUCUUGUGAAGUUGCGAGUGCUGUUCAUGAGUGCAUGUUCUUUCUUUGAUUUGAAUUCAGAUGAACCAAUACUGAUAGCGGAGGACACAAAGUUGGAGAACUUGAGACAGUUGGAGAAUCUCGAGCUUUCCUAUUCGAAAGACGCAGAAGAUAUUUUCAAAAGGUUUCCCAAUCUUCAAGGGCUUGCAUUUCGUCUCAAGGAAUCAUGGGAUUAUUCAACUGAAGGAUAUUGGUUCCCGAAAUUGGAUUUCCUAACUGAACUAGAAGACCUCAGAAUAGUUUUUGAAAGUUCAAACACAAAUGACAGUGGGCCCUCUGUAGCAACAAAUCGGCCAUGGGAUUUUCACUUCCCUGUGAGUUUGAAAAGUUUGUGGUUGGGUGUGUUUCCUCUGUCAUCCAAUUCGCUAUCAAUAAUAGCGAGACUGCCCAACCUUGAAAAUUUGACCCUUAAGAACACAAUCAUCCAGGGGGAAGAAUGGAACAUGGGAGAGGAAGACACCUUUGAGAAUCUCAAAUUUUUGGAGUUGGAUGAAGUGGCUCUUGCUAAGUGGGAGGUUGGAGAGGAAUCCUUUCCCGUACUUGAGAAAUUAGUACUGUGGAGAUGUCGGAAGCUUGAGGAGAUUCCACCUAGUUUUGGAGACAUUUAUUCAUUAAAAAUUAUCAAAGUUGAUUAUAACCGUCAACUUAAAGAUUCCGCUAUGAUGAUUAAGCAAUAUGUUGAAGAUAUGACGGGAGAAGACAAGCUUCAGGUCCAUUGCCUGCUCAAGUCUUGAGCGCUCUUACCUUGGGAAAAUAU